UUUGUCCGUGUAAAGUAAUGCGUGGCCACCAGUACAACACAAAUAAUUUUAGUGAUUCAGAGGGUUUUUCUUGCCAUUGACUUCAAGUAAGUACAUUAUUUCUUAAGCGCCAAACUGCACGAAGGAAAGCCCCAAAUGUAGAGCCGAAGUUAUUCAGAAUUUCCCGGUUAAUAGACGUCAAGACGAAGGACCCAAAUCUUCAUUCGAGAGUUUGGGGUAUCAUCGGUCAUCAUGGAUCAAGAAAGGACCAUUAAAAAAGAAACAACAACGACAACUACCACGAAAACAAUAUUCCAAGUCGAGGAUAAUGAUGCAAAUGCAUAUAAUACCCAGUAUGGGACAAAUUUCGGCCAGGCCGCGGGGCCAGUGUAUCAGCAACCGUACCCAGUGUCUAUGGAUCCGCUCCCAGGCCCGAGUAAGUAUAAAAAUGGUUCUCAAGUCUCGGUCAUGCGGCCGAAAACCGCACGAGAAAAGAAAAAAGAGAGGGACAAUGAUAGGGAAGACUCGGAUGAAGAAACCUUCCUAACACUGACGAAGUAUCUGUGUUCUACGUCAUCAUCUCAUGGGGUCUCACGUGCGGCUGAGUCUAAAAAUAUCAUCAGGAGUGUGGCGUGGUCUCUCCUGUUUCUUGGAUCUUUGAGUGCCUUUUGUCUGCAAGCCUCAUAUCUGCUCACCGAUUACAUGGCCAUGCCCAUCGACGUCAAAACAGAGAUUAUCACCAAGAAGAAUGUGGUGUUUCCGGCGAUAACCAUUUGCAACAUGAACCAGAUGCGGCGUUCAUCAUUAGAAAACUCUUCAUACGCAACCCUGACCGCAUUGGAUAAGACAGCAUCCGAACUAGCCGCAGAGAACGUUCUGGCCGCCGUUGUCAACUCCCGGAGAAAGAGAGCCAUUGCAAAGGGUGAGAAACCGCCGACCUACACUGCGGACGAAGUGCUGCGGCUUCACGCGAAGAUCCGAUUUUUAACCGAGUUUGGCGGCAGGAAGAAGAAAUUGGACGAAUUCGGUACCAAGGGAGUCUGGAUCCCGAAGCGGAAGAAGAUUUUGAAGGAAAAAGAUUCAAAGGACAUUGUGAAAACGGCAGAGGGUGGCGAGAAAAAGAAGCAGCGCUUGAAACGGGUUAAAAAAAAACGGGAAGUGCCGGACACGCCGGAAGAACGAGCGGAAAGAAGCGAUGAAGAGGAAGAGGCGUUACAGCAGGAGCAGGAGGAUUACUACGGGGAGAGUUUGAUGAGAAACAAGCGAAAUGCAGACAGACCAGGCAGCAAUGACUACUAUGACUACUAUGACUACUAUGGUAAGGCUUGUUAUUAUUGGUGUCUAUAUAUACCCAGGUCGAAAUUCCAGCCAAGGAGAUUUUAUCUUGCCCAGUUUCAUUAUCAUAUUCCAGGCAGUAGGAACAUCUCUGACAACUACUAUUACUAUGCAUAUGAAGAAUAUUAUCAGGAGGCAGCAGAGUUCGAAGAUUAUAUUGGGGAUUCCUUGGGAAUUGACAUGGACACUAUGGAUAAUUACUACGAUAUGUCGACGUACGAUUUAGGUUUCGUUGACUAUUCAUACCUCGAGAACAUCACAAAUGAUAAAUCCUUUGAUCAACUUCUCAAGGUGUCACAGACCUCAGAUUAUAGUGACGUCAUGGAUACUCUGCGGCCAACCAGAGAGGAGUUGAGAAAUUACGGUCAUCAGGGCAAAGAUAUGAUGAUUCAGUGCAGUUUCGAUAAGAAUACAUGUAGUUUUACAGAUUUCAAACGCAUAAACAACGCAAAGUAUGGAAACUGUUAUAGUUUCAAUGUGGAGCAACCUGGGAAGUUCAUAAAGAAAACCAGUAGGUUUGGAUCGCAAUAUGGUCUCCGGCUGACGGUCAAUGUGGAAAGCGAGGAGUACGUGGGGAUGUACGCCCCUGAGACGGGUAUUCGUGUGGUCAUUCACCCUUACGAUGCCACACCAUUCCCCGAGGAUCAGGGAGUCAGCGCCCCGACAGGGAAAGCCACAUCUAUAGGAAUUCGAAAGCGUCGAGUAUCCCGACUUGGCACACCGUGGGGUGAAUGUACGAAUGGUAACGACCCAAACAUCAAACUCGAGUACAAGGGAUCGUAUUCGGUCACGGGCUGCAUGACCAGUUGCGUUCAGUCCAGUUUGAGAGAUGAAUGUGGCUGUGUCGAUCUUAUUCUCAGUGAGAAGUCAACGCAGGAGAGGUGCAGUAUAGCGAACUACACGCAGGUGCAGUGUCGUGCAAGGGUCUAUAUGCUACACAGUCUCAACCAGCUGGUGUGUUACUGCCCGGAUCAAUGCGAAGAGGAAUGGUUUGAGACGACUAUUUCGCAGUCGGAUUGGCCAAGUGCCCGAUAUUCCCCUAUGAUGGUUGCAAGGAUGAACGAGUUCGAUUAUGACUCGAAGCUACUCGACCAGCUCUCUCCUGAGUACAUAACAAAGAACUUUGCUCGAGUCCACAUAUACUUUCAAGAGUUGAAUUUUCACCAGAUCGUCGAGUCACCAGGAUACACGGGUAGCCGUCUCCUCUCCGAUCUCGGCGGCACUGCCGGUCUUUACAUGGGAAUGUCCUUCCUAACAGUCGCCGAGUUCUUCGAGAUGCUCCUCAUUGUCCUCCAGUGGAUGGGCAAGAGGAUGUGUUUUCCAGUGAAGAAGAAGGGAAGGGUCAGCCCGACGCCUUAAAAUGGCGGGAAGUUAAUUGGUCCGCUACAUAUUUUCUGAGAUAAAAAAGGCCACGGAAAUAAAAUUUAGUUUCGCAAAUGAAAAAGCAGCAAAAAAACGGCGAUGGUAAAUGCUAUUUACACGUAUGUAUUGAUGCAAAGAACGCAUGUAAUAUUUUCUGAGUUUGCAGAGGAAAUUAAUGUUCUCAAAACAUAUGCUGAUAUAACGAGACGUUGCAUCCCCGUUAUUUUCUCCUUACCUAGCAGUUAAAAAAUUGGCCCAGCCCAAUAUCCGGUCUAUAAUUGUCUUAAAGAAAACUCGCUGGCUCGCAACUUCAUCUAGGCCAAAAUUCCCAAUGUGUCAUUAGGGUAAAUCUUGAUGAUAUUGACCCCAUAAAACAGCCUUCAUGGGGGUCGAUAUAGGCCUUAACCGGCAGGAGCAAAUAAACGAAAUGCUGGCUCACUACAUAGUUUGCAGUUGUAUUUAUCAAUUGCAUAACCGUUUUAUUAGCUGUAUAAUAGCACAUCGUUGCUAAACAUUGUAAUUCUGUCGUGUGCACAAUACACGCCGUGUCCCACAAAAGAUGCAAAUCAUUAUUUCGCCAAAAUGACACUGAUGGACACAAUUAUGGUGUUCAAAUUUUCAGUGGAGCACCCUUUUUAUUCGUAAGGUAAAAUGGUAAAGAUAUUGCCCCUACAGCGUAGAAAGCAGCUAGAAACACCGUACACAUCCAACGCGCACAGAGCUAUAUUUGAAUUGGGGCUAUACAUUUACAUGUACGUGGGAUUGUACCAAAAUUACCUUUGUCGUUUGCGAGUUCUAUCCUUGAAUGCACUAUGAUGCCAGUUGUGCACUGUUACACGUAUCGGCAAUAUA